CGGCCAUACCUAAGAUUUAGGAAUGGUCAUAUAGAAGCGCACGCACACUAUUUACAAGAAGUCCUUACUCUGGUCCGAGAUAGGUAUAUUCUGUAUAGACUAAAAUAUACAUACAUUGUGGAGGGUAAGCUUGUUAGCAAGCCUGGCAAUCAAAUGUAAAAGAUGCGAGACCGGUUGAAGACCGAAGCACACACACUUAAAGCAAAAGAUGCGAAACUGGUUGAAGACCAAAGCGCACACAUUUAAAAUAUGCGAGACCAGAUGAAGACAGAAGCACAUACACACACACUUAAAUGAAACGAUGCGAGACCGGCUGAAGACCGAAGCGCACAAAAGAAAAAAAGAAAAGAUGCGAGAUCGGUUGAAGACCAAAACACAUACUUGAACGGAAAAGAUGCCUCUGGUUGAAGACCAAAAUGCACACACACACACACACAAAACAAAAGUCGGUUGAAGGCCGUGGUGCAAACAGAUGGAUGAUAACAGUUACCCCUUAGCGCCUUUCAACGAAGCGGUAGAUGCAUCGGAUCUCCGCCGAGAGUGGGAAGAGUGGCUUAGAGCGUUCGAGUUGUUGCUGGAGUUAAAACAGAUUGAUUCACAGCAUGGUAAACUGGUAUUCAUGCUAGCACGCGGAGGCCGGGGUCUCCAAAGGAUUUAUUACAAUCUGAGGCCAGUAUCUGGAGAAAUCUAUCCAGAACCAUCGAAAGUGCCUCUAGCACCAGAAGAAAUCCCCGAGUUCGAUAACGCGGUCAAACGUUUGAAUCACUUCUUCGUCGGAAAACGCAAUGAGCGGGUCGAAUUAGAAGUUUUUCGCUCGCUUAAGCAGUCUGCUGACGAAUCUUUCAAUCACUUCGUUCUCAAGCUUCGCACGCAAGCUUCCAGAUGUGAUUUCCGAGACCGGGAGGAGAAGGAAAUUUUGCAACAAGUAACUAUGGGUGCCCGGGAUGAAAGGGUUAGAGACAAAGGUCUCGAGAGCACGAUGGACCUCGACGAGUUGACCAACUACGCCAUAAAUCGAGAACUACUGAUGAAGCAAAAGCAGAAAUCCCAGCCGUUCAAAGUUGAAUCCGACUCAGCUAGCGUCUCAGCGGUGAAACAAAUCUGGAACAGAAAGCAACAAUCCAAGGAGCGAUCUUCCGGAAUGACUUCGUUCAAACGAGAGAAGCCGUGGAAUGAGGGAAAUCGUGUUCGAUCGGAAUGCGAUCGCUGCGGUUCAUGGAAACACUUCAAAGACUCGCAAAUGUGCAUUGCCCGAAAUUCCAAAUGCAACAAUUGCGGCCGUAUGGGCCACUUCGCCAGGAAAUGCAGAGCAAUAAGAAAGUCGCAGCUCAAAGCCCGCAGCACUUGGAAGCGUGCCGAUGAGGAUACCAAUACCGUACAAGAUAUCGACCGAGACGACAUGGAGCCCCUAGGCUAUCGCAAGAUGUCGGAUGAUUCGAUGAAGGUAGAAUAAUUUUAUCUUAUUUCAUUAUGUCAUUUUUUACAUGCUUUAAUUACAAGUAAACAUACCUGACAUGUUAAAUUGAGGGAUAGUAGCGUCUCUACCAAUAAAUUAGAUAGUAUUAAACAUAGCUCCUAAUUUUGUCUCUU